CGUGUUAGUUGGUGCGAAUCGAUGACUGGUCGCAUGGUCCACGGUGCACUCUGCCACCUCAUCGCUCGCUCUGCUUCCACGCUGCUCAUCCACCGUGCAUGGCGUGCUCCUUCCAUUGAUCUGGCGCGACGCAGCGGCGCCGACCGAGCCUCGUGUCAGUCACUGAAGCGCUUCUUCGCUUCGACCACCACCGCGCCCUCGGCUGCCACUGCCGCUGCCACUGCCACUGCUACUGCUACUGCUGCGUCAUCAUUGUGGCAGCAACUCGGCAGGUACCGCGACUCGCAGGGCUCCCACGACGUGGUUCUCGCGCUUGGCUCCAACGUCGGCGAUCGCUACGCCAACAUCAAGCGUGCCCUGCUUGCCAUUGAGCAAACGCUCCACGACCACAGCGACGCAGGUGGUCAGCAUCCAUUGAUCACAUCUGCAUUGUAUGAAACAGCGCCAAAGUACGUCGAAGACCAGCCCAGAUUUCUCAACGCCGUCUGCAAGAUCCGCACAUUACACUCGCCGCACGAAUUGCUCGAUCGUGUCAAGAAGCUCGAGCAAAAUCUGGGAAGGCAACCGCGAUUCCGCAACGGACCGCGUGAGAUCGAUAUUGACAUUAUUCUGCACGGGUUGCAUGUUGUUCGCGACGGUGACCAUCUGGAGGUUCCGCAUCCCCGGUUAACCGAGCGCGAUUUUGUGCUCAAGCCUUUAUGCGACAUCUCCCCACAUUUGGUGCACCCCGUGCUCGGCAAGACUGUGCAAGAGCUCUGCUCGGCUCUGGAGCAACGCACACAGGGGAUUUCGCGAGCCGAUGCAAUGUAUCGCGUGCUUCCUGUCGGAUCGACCAUGCUCCCGCUUGGUCGUCAAACACACGUUAUGAGUAUUAUCAACACCACCCCUGACAGCUUUUCGGAUGGCGGCAAGUGGACCAAGCCAGAUUUGGCUGUGACACACGCGACCUCGCUUUUGGCAGCUGGCUCUGCUAUUCUCGAUAUUGGUGGCCAAUCUACCCGGCCAAAUGCCGAGUACGUGUCGGAAGAAGAAGAGUCAAGACGAGUUGUACCUGUCAUCACGUCCCUCGCGGCACACAGCGGCAAGACUCCGGUGCUACUGUCGAUUGAUACAUUCCGUGCCAGCGUAGCCAAAGCGGCCAUUCAGGCAGGUGCUCACAUUAUCAACGACGUGUCAGCCGGGACGAUGAGCAAAGAGAUGCUACAUACGGCUGCUGCACUUCAGGUGCCCAUCGUUCUGAUGCACAUGCGAGGUGACAGCGGUACAAUGACGAGUCUGGCAACGUACUCCAAUGAUCGACCGAUUGCAGAGCAAAUUGCCGACGAGUUGCGAGAACGCGUCGCUGCUGCCGUCUUUGCGGGAGUAUGGCGCUGGAAUAUUAUUGUGGAUCCGGGUAUUGGAUUUGCAAAGGCAGGCGAGCACAACUUUCCACUUUUGACGCAGCUCCGCCAGUUUGCCAAAUGCAUGGAUGGGCUGCCCACGCUCGUCGGUCCGUCUCGCAAACGGUUUCUCGCAUUGGCUGCGCAAUCUCCCGAGCUCGACACACCCGAGCACCGACGCUGGGCGACCGCCGCCGCCGUAACCGCUUGCGUCGACCAGGGUGUCGACAUUGUUCGCGUGCACGAUGGGCCAGAAAUGAUUUCCGUUGCCCGUACUGCUGAUUUGAUUUACAAUCGAGUCCCCAAGUGACCUCGAGGGGGGGGGGAGAUGCUCCUUGUAGCCGAAUACAGCAAUCGCGGACGAAUCCUUGUCAAUGUUGGUGCUGCAUCCUCCAUUUCAACUUGUAUUAACAAACACAUAAAUUUUGCAAGACAG